AUGGACAAACUUAUUCGCGAGAGGAAAUCGCUAGAAGCGCGAUUAAACCGAGCAUCGCAAAAUGUUCACAAGCUUCACAAGAACGUGGCGCUACAAGAUAGUCAGAAGCUCUACUUCCUCAAGACCAAUCUCGUCGGAGAAGCCGCCGCUCUGAUAUCGCACCUUCGCAUAGAAGACGCUAACUACGCUCCCGCUCUAGCUAAGCUGAAGGCUAGAUACAACAAACCACUCGAAAUCACAGCACAGCACAUUCAUCGCUUCUUAAAUCAACCUUCAAUGACGUCACCGUCCGCAGCUGGUUUGCGCUCCCUGCAUGAUCUGUCCGAUGAAGUGAUACGAGCAUUGGAGGCCAUGAAUCAGGAAGGAAGGGACAUAUGGUUGCUGUACAUCUUAGCAGAGAAACUAGAUCCUGAAAGCAAGCAGUUGUGGUGUCAGAAAAGGUCGGAGCUAAACGACGAUGAAGUUACCUUGGAGAAGUUCCUGAAGUUUGUUGAUGCGCAAAGCUGUGCACUGAAAUCCGUUCAACCGAUCCGCCAGAAGAAAUCGUUCAUCACACCACUUCCAAGCAAACCUCCUACCCGGGGACCAACAGCUCUCGUCACCACCGGGUAUCAUUCUCCGUCACCAAUGUGCGUUUUUUGUGCAAAAUCACCGCAUCAACUGUAUCAGUGUGGUAAGUUUCUACACGUCAGUUCCGAUGAUCGACUCCGUUUUAUCCGUAGGCAUGAACUCUGUGAGAACUGCCUAAAGCAGCAUUCCGGUGAACCUUGCCAGUCCGGCAAUUGUCGGAUAUGUAAUCAUCCACAUCAUACUCGUCUCCACGAGGCACUCCAACCGCCAGCAUCUUCAACGCUAGUAAGCAGUACAGCGACCACAACCAAUUCAUCUGGUUCGUCUUCAAUGUCGCAAAUGCUCAUUUCGCCCCUAAGCCUGGCUACCGAUUUGACGGACACCAACGUUCUACUCUUAACCGCUACUAUCAACGUCAUCGAUAAGUUCGGGCGCUCGCAUACCUGCCGAGCAGUUCUUGAUUGCGCAUCCCACACAAGCUACAUCACUGCGGAUUUGUGCAAGAAGUUGGGUCUCUCAACCACGGAACUGGAUUUUGAAUAUGGUGGAAUUGCAGAAUCUCACGGUCACGCAAAUCGUGGAGCACUAGUUACAUUCGCGUCACGUUGCUCGGACUAUCGAAAUGUAGUGCCGUGCAUUAUUCUGGAGCGACUUACUUCCGAGCUCCCACUAAAGCCGAUCAAUAUCGCAGAUUGGCCAAUUCCUGGAUCGAUUCCGUUGGCUGAUCCCCAAUUUCACCAUCCAGGAAAAAUCAGCAUCCUUCUCGGCAACAAGCUUUUCUUCCAGCUUCUCGAGCCGGGAAACAUCAAACUUGGUUCGGACGACUGCCUUCCUGUACUACAGAACACGAAGCUAGGUUGGGUGGUUUCUGGUGGCUACAAAAACUGUGACAAUCAACCACGCACUAAUGCUCCUUCGUGCUUACUGACGGCUUCCACUGAUCCUCUCUCUGAUCAACUUCGCAAAUUCUGGGAACUGGAGGAGUACACGAAUACAUCUCCACACUUCAACGAAGAAGAGAUUCGAUGCGAAGAGCAUUUCACAAAGCACACGAUUCGCGAUAGUUCCGGAAAAUUUAUCGUUCGGCUCCCGUACUUGGAGAGCCCUACUUCUCUCGGAAAAUCGAGGGAAAUUGCUGAGAAGAGACUGCUGCAUCUAGAGCGCAAAUUGGAAAGGAGUCCUAAUUUAAAAGAACAGUACCAUUCCUUUAUGCGAGAGUACAUCGACCUCGGGCAUAUGAGUCUUGCCACUACACCAGCUUCGGAGAAUUGUGUUUUCCUCCCACACCAUUGCGUCGUAAAGGAAGAUAGCUCGACGACGAAGUGCAGAGUGGUUUUCGACGCUUCAGCAAAAACGAGUAGCGGCAAGUCUCUCAACGACAUCCUUCCAGCGGGCCCUGUAUUGCAGGAUUCUUUGGUCAAUAUCUUACUUCGAUUCCGGUUUCCCCCAGUGGUACUCGCUGGUGAUGUCAAGCAGAUGUAUCGAAUGGUGCUGCUGUACGACGAAGAUCGAAACUACAUCCGAAUCUUGUGGCGCUGGUCAGAGGACGAACCGAUCCUGGAAUAUUGCCUGAAUACCGUUACUUACGGUACCAAGAGCGCUUCGUAUCUGGCGACAAAAUGUGUGCAGCAGCUGCUGCUCUCCCAUCAAAGGCAAUUUCCAGAUGCAGUCAAGAAAGCUAUUAAGGGGAUUUACGUCGACGACGUGCUGACGGGUGCUGAUUCUGCUGAUGAAGCCAAGCAUCUUCGACAAGAACUUUCCAUCAUCUUCUCUGCCGGAGGAUUCCACCUGCGGAAGUGGGCUUCUAAUAGCACCGAAGCCCUGGAAGGUGUUCCUGAAGCGGACCUCGAAAUGAAAAUUCCCAUCGGGCUCAAUGAACCCAACACCAUCAAAGCCCUCGGGAUCCACUGGCAGCCGUGCAGCGACGAAUUCCUGUUUAGCGUCCAACCAACCAAGAUCCUUCAUCCCACAAAGCGCAUCAUUCUCUCCAACAUCGCUAGUCUUUUCGACCCACUUGGUCUGCUCGCACCUAUUAUCAUCAAAGCGAAGCUACUGAUGCAACAUUUGUGGGAGCUGAAGGUGGACUGGGAUGCUAUUCCCCCCAGUGAGUUGACUAAUAUAUGGCAAGUUUUCGUGCAAGGUCUGGCCCUUCUCAACUCUUUUCAGAUUCCGAGACGAGUUAUCGGCACUAACAAGACGUCGCGAAUCUUCCUGCACGGCUACAGUGAUGCAUCCGAGCGAGCCAUGGGUGCCUGCAUAUACAUCCGAGCGGUCGACGACGCUGGGAAUCACAGUUCCCAUCUUCUCUGCGCGAAGUCCAAGGUUGCGCCAAUUGGAAAUAAACGCACGACGCUGCCACGUUUGGAGUUAUGUGCUGCAGUGAUCCUCGCACGGCUGAUCAACAACGUAACAAGUGCCAUCAAUCAACCCUUCUUCGAGAUACGAGCUUGGGUAGAUUCAAGUGUUGUGCUUGCUUGGUUGAACGGAGGUGCUUCUCGCUGGAAAACCUUUGUUGCCAAUCGCGUCGCAGAAAUCACAACGCACGUACCAGCAAUCAAUUGGAGCCACAUCGUAUCGGAACAAAACCCUGCUGAUCUUAUUUCGCGCGGGGUGUCGCCAGAACAAAUCCAACAUAACACUCUGUGGUGGAAUGGUCCCGCAUGGAACACAAUAGGUGAGCGAGGUGAAUUAACCGACAUCCCUGUACUGACCAACACUGACCAACAGCAUAUUGUUAGGGAGCAAAGAGCAGUAGCCGUUUCUCUUAUCACCGUCUACGAAAACGACUUUCUCGAUGGGAUGAUGGCACGAUAUUAUCCCGAUCUCACGAUGCUGCUUCGCGUCACUGCUCGUAUUCUUCGGUUUCGAUCUCCUGACUCUCGAUUGAUUGCUCGUCUGUUACCACGCGAGCUUGAUCGAGCACAAACAAUAUACAUUCGCCACGUUCAGCAACAAUACUUUCGUGAAGAGCUGGAUCGACUUCGACAGCAAGUAGAAGUUAGCUCUCACAGCAGUUUGCACCAACUCAAACCGUUCCUGGACGAAGAGGGUGUGCUCAGGGUGGGCGGAAGGUUACAACAGUCAAGCCUCAGCUACGACGUUCGACAUCCUAUAUUGAUACCUCGCCACUCUAUUCUCACCUCGUUUCUGUUAAACCACGACCACAUCGUCCAUCACCACUGCGGGCCCCAAACACUGUUAGCCGUAUCCCGCAGACGAUUUUGGAUCAUAAGUGGUUCAAGUGCAGCAAGGAAGGUUUAUCGCCAGUGUGUGACGUGUGCACGUGCCAAGUCCACACCUAAGUAUCAACAAAUGGGUCAACUGCCAUCGGAUCGAGUUCAACCAAAUCCACCAUUUGCGGUCACUGGCGUGGACUAUGCUGGUCCAGUCAGCAUUGUUGGACGAAGGACCAGAGGUGCGAAGCAAAGCAAAGGGUACAUUGCUCUCUUCGUUUGUUUCACAACAAAGGCCGUACACAUGGAAGCUGUGUCGGAGCUUACUACUGUCGCGUUCCUGGCAGCAUUCACUCGAUUCUCCAGCCGCUACGGUUUGCCAGCAAAAAUGUUCUCGGACAACGCAACAAAUUUCCGAGCCACAGCUAAGCACUUUCGAGAAACGUAUGCGCAAAUCAACUCUUCUGCACACAACAAUGAAGUGACCGAUUUUCUGACCGAUAAGGGAGUGGAAUGGAACUUCAUCCCAGCUCGGUCUCCGCACCAUGGAGGAUUAUGGGAGUCAGCAAUCAAGGUUGCAAAGCAACAUCUUUCGAAGAUCACCAGCAGCUACAUCUUUACCUUCGAAGAACUUUCCUCGCUGAUCGCUCAAGUUGCUGCCACCAUGAACUCGAGGCCACUCACGCCGAUCUCCAAUAGUCCGAUGGAUGAUCAAGCUCUCACUCCUGCUCAUCUUCUCAUCGGUCGGGCGCUCACCACCGUUCCCGAAGUCAACUUGCUGGAACGGCAAAUUUCCUCGAUGUCACGCUGGCAGUUUGUCCAGCGCCUCUCGCAAGAAUUUCGCAGCAGAUGGCAGACAGAAUACGUACGAUCUUUGCAGCGGAUGACGAAGUGGCAACGAUCAUCGCACAAUAUUUCGGUCGGCGACUUCGUUUUGCUAGUGGACGACAAUUCGAAGCCAAGACAAUGGCCUACUGGCAGAAUCGUCGAAACCUUCCCAGGACCAGAUGGAUUAACGAGAGUGGUAUCAGUAAGAACAGCAACUGGUACUACUCGGCGUGAUGUUAGGAAGGUACGAACUAUACCAUUGGAUGCGGAUGAGUAUGCUCCAAGAAGACUUCAAUCAUAA